AUGAAUGUUCUGUCCAAGAAAAUCAAAAGGAGAAAUUCCAACCCACCAAAAUCAGUCCAGAUCCAAAGUUCCAACCCCACCAAAAUCAGUCCAAAAUCCAACCCACCAAAAAUCAAAGUCCCAAAUCCAAGCCCACAAAAACCAGUGCCAAAAUCCACCCACCAAAAUCAGUCCAAAAUCCAACGCCGCACCGAAAAUUCAGUCCAAAUCCAACCCACCAAAACACAGUCAAAAUCCAACCCACCAAAACGCAGUGCCAAUCCAACCCACCAAAACCAGUUUUCCAAAUCCAACCCACCAAAACCAGUCCAAAAAUCACAACCCCACCAAAACCAGUCCAAAAGCCAACCCACCAAAACCAGUCCAAAAUCCAACCCACCAAAAUCAGUCCAAAUCCACACCCCACAAAACGCAGUCCAAAGAUCCAACCGCAAACCAGUCCCAGAAAUCCAACCCCACCAAAAUCAGUCCAAAUCCAACUCCAAAACUUAUCAAAAUCACCAACCCGACCAAACCAAGUCCAGAAUCAACCACACACACAGCUCCAAAAUCACCCACCAAAAUCAGUCGCAAAAUCCCAACACACCAAAACCCAGUCGAAAAUCCAUACCCACAAAUCAGAGUCCAAAUAUCCAACCACCAAAACCAGUCCAAAUCAACCACAAAACCAGUCAAAAUCAACCCACCAAAGCAUCCAAAAUCACCCACCAAAACCAGUCCAAAAUCCAACCCACCAAAACCAGUCCAAAGCCCACGCCACCAAAAACCAGUCCAAAUCCACCACAACCACCAGUCCAAAAUCCAACCCCCAAAAUUAGUCGCCAAAAAUCCACCACCAAAACGAGUCCAAAAUCCAAACCCACCAAAACAAUCCAAGAUCCAACCACACAAAUAGUCUCAAAUUCCCAACUCACCAAAACAGUCCGCAAAAUCACCCACCAGGAACCAGUCCCAUGA